CCAGUCGUGUUAUUGCCAACACAGGUCAUGGCAACGACCUUCCAGAAUGAUAAAAAUAUAAGCUCUAAUAUGAAGAAUGAAAAAAACACAAGUAUGCCUGAAGUGACAGAGAGGUCAGUUCCAGAAGUCAGUGAACCAUCAACAGGCAGAUCAGGGGUCUCCGAGUUGGAGUAUGCAACUAACAGCUCUUACAGGCCUAGUUCAUCUCUUACAUCUGUGACAGAACCUCAUGAUGUGUCCCCUACCACAGUGCCAGACAUUUCAAGAGUUACACAUUUAUUUAAUGAUACAACAACUGACCUGGAGUCCUCAUCAGCUCUGUUAACGUCUACAUCAUCCAAAUUUACCACUUUCCAAGAAGAUCAGAGGACCACCAUAAAUGUGGUAAAAGAAACAACCAGGAGCUUAUCUGAAACUGCUGAGAUGCCAAAAGUCACAGGCAGUGAAUCUUCACUAAGCAGAGCAGAUGUUUCCACACUGAGACCUGCUGUGGUCUCCAAGUCUGCACUCGUAACAAAAAGACCUUUGAGCUCACCUACAGCUGAAACUACUAAUGUACCAGUUGUCACUUCAUCUGGGAUUUCAAGAACUCCACACCCCUUCAACAAUGGCAGCCUCAGCCUGUUACACUCGUCAGAGGACAUGCCAAGCACCACCGAGAAUUUCCAGCAGAUAACCUCAGAUGUGAAAUAUGAAAUGAGCUUGCCUGAAAUCACAGAGAAAUAACAUGCAACAGACACUGGCCCAACUUCAAGAAGAACCGAAGCUUCCAUUCUUUUCCAUAAGGGGUCUUCUAUGUCAGGACACCAAAAUCACAGCUCUUCCAGCCUGGAUUCAUCUUAAUU